GCGGGCUCUUGCUGGUGAACGGUGGCUCUCCUGGAGUCUGAGCAUCCCAAGAGGAGCUGACCCCUGGGCUUAAGGCAAGGAUGCGGGAAAUCGUGCACAUUCAGAUCGGCCAGUGUGGCAACCAGAUUGGAGCCAAGUUCUGGGAGGUGAUUGGCGAGGAACAUGGGAUUGACUGUGCUGGGAGUGACCUUGGGGCAUCUGCUUUGCAGCUGGAAAGAAUCAACGUGUACUACAAUGAAGCCUACGGUAAGAAGUAUGUGCCCCGAGCAAUCCUGGUGGACCUGGAACCUGGGACGAUGGACAGCAUCCGAUCCAGCAGAUUAGGAGCCCUCUUUCAACCCGACAGCUUUGUGCACGGGAACUCUGGGGCCGGCAACAACUGGGCAAAGGGCCACUACACCGAGGGAGCCGAGCUGAUUGAGAGCGUCAUGGACGUGGUGCGGCACGAGAGCGAGAGCUGCGACUGCCUGCAGGGCUUCCAGGUGGUCCACUCCUUGGGCGGGGGCACGGGCUCGGGCAUGGGCACGCUGCUCAUGAGCAAGAUCCGCGAGGAGUUCCCGGACCGCAUCCUGAACGCCUUCAGCGUCCUGCCGUCCCCGAAGGUGUCGGACACGGUGGUGGAGCCCUACAACGCCGUGCUGUCGGUGCACCAGCUGAUCGAGCACGCCGACGCCUGCUUCUGCAUCGACAACGAGGCGCUCUACGACAUCUGCUUCCGCACCCUCAAGCUGACCACGCCCACCUACGGCGACCUCAACCACCUGGUGUCCCUGACCAUGAGCGGCAUCACCACCUCCCUGCGCUUCCCGGGCCAGCUCAACGCCGACCUGCGCAAGCUGGCCGUGAACAUGGUGCCCUUCCCGCGCCUGCACUUCUUCAUGCCUGGCUUCGCGCCGCUGACCGCGCAGGGCAGCCUGCAGUACCGGGCCCUCUCGGUGGCCGAGCUCACCCAGCAGAUGUUCGACGCCCGUAACACCAUGGCGGCCUGCGACCCGCGCCGCGGCCGCUACCUGACGGUGGCCUGCAUCUUCCGGGGGAAGAUGUCCACGAAGGAAGUGGACCAGCACCUGCUCUCCGUGCAGACGAGGAACAGCAGCUGUUUUGUGGAGUGGAUUCCCAACAACGUCAAGGUGGCUGUCUGUGACAUCCCUCCCCGAGGACUGAACAUGGCGGCCACCUUCAUAGGCAACAACACGGCCAUUCAAGAGCUCUUCAGCAGGGCCUCUGAGCACUUCUCAGCCAUGUUCAAAAGGAGAGCUUUUGUGCAUUGGUACACUAGCGAAGGGAUGGACAUCAACGAGUUUGGGGAAGCCGAAAGCAACGUGCAUGAUUUGGUGUCCGAAUACCAACAAUUUCAAGAUGCCAAAGUCAUUCUGGAAGAAAGUGAAGAGGUCCUGGAACAGGCAGAAAUGGAAGCACUGGAUCAGGAACCUUAGCCAGGAGAGGCUGCAGGGGAAGUCACUCACAGAAAUUCCGCCAAAGAUGCGUGCCUCUCCUGCAGCACUCCACAGCUGCCCGCCUCACCCUGCAGCCCAGUCGCGGAAGGGCUCUGGGGUGGGGGAGUGGCUGUGGGUACUAGGGUCUCUGACCAGUUAUGCACUGAGUGGUUUGACAGUCAAUUCUCUCUCUCUCUGUCUCUGUCUCUGUCUCUGUCUCUCUCUCUCUCUCUCUCUCUCUCUCUCUAAACAGCAAAGUGAAUACACCAUAAAGUGCCUCCUUUGUUUUAAAGUGUAUCAUCUUGACUACAUGCCCAGCCCUGUGCUGGGCAUCCAGACUACACGUGUGGGUUUGCAGGAUCUGGUGCAGUUCACUCUUAACUUUCUAGCAGCACUGACAGGUCCCGGCAUCCUGGGGCAGCCAAGACUCACCUUGGCCUCUGUUUUCCUCACUAACACUGCCUGGAAUCCUACUUUCCUUAUCACCAACCUCUGAAAGAGGCAGGUGACCGCUAGCAUGUGGGAUCUAUAGGCCCAGGAAAGUGCCAGUGUCCACUAGUAUACUGCAUAGCCCUUGCAUAGAACUCAACCCAUGAACUGGAAAGGGAAAAAGGAAAUAGCUGUAGUUGUCUCUGGCUAAACAGAAAAACAAGAAAGAGUGAGAAACAAAACUAAAGCUUGCUGAUCCUCUGAUCUUGAUUUCCAAACAACUAGCUUUCAAUACACGCACACAUGCAUUUUAAGUUUCUUACCAGUAUUAGAUUUAAGGAAUUCACUAAUCAUUAUCUUUGGCUUUCCCUUCAUAAGCAGUUUGGAAACAUACUUUCCAGUUUCAUUUGGUAAUGACCCUUCUCCCCCAGCCCCGGAAAUGCCAUAAGCUCCUCUACUCUUCGAAUGGGCACACUGCACACUUGGCAACUGCUCAAAUGCAGGAAUUAAGCAGAAAUGGCAGCAGUGUUCUCCGUUACGGAGGACAUCAUCUCAUUAGGGAACUUUUACAGUUCAAAUUAAUUUCCAGAAGUUGCCAUACGUGUUUGCACGAUGACACAGCUUUAACCAUUACACGAUUUUAAUCUGCUCACAUGACAAUAGGACCAAAUACACAAGAGCAUAAUCAAAUCAUCCAUAACUUCUUAGUUGUGGUUUACCUAUUUCUGACACCCAGCACUGCUGUCCCUUCCAUACCGUGAAGGUCUUAAUGGCCUUCUAGAAUCACCAUGAGCUCUUCUAUGGGACCAUGCAUAACUGGUGACAGGAAAAUGCUCUGACACUGACUGUAGGAAAUAUUUGCUUGCCGGCAACUGGGUUCCCAUCUCCUGAUUUGGUUUUGUUAUUGGCAAUAAUAAAGGAGCAGGUGGAUGGACAAGUUGCUUAUUCUGGGAAAUGUCACUCUUUACUGUGUGCAUCUCGAGGAAAUAACUAAAAUACAUACCAAGAGAAAAUUAGGCCUGGCCAUUGGCAUCCCUCACAAGUCUUCUAUUUACAAAAAAAAAAAAAAAAAAAAAUGGUUUAAACACUUUCUACUUGUGUGUGGUUUGAGAAGCACUAGAUUUAGUAAGUAACUGCAUAUAUACACUCUUUAAGUUUAUAACCUCCUCAGAUGCUGAAAAGACUUGGAGCCUGAGAUUAUGGGAGAAUUCACACACACAUUUCCUCUGGUACUUUCUUUCUCAAAUCUAAAAAGGCAAUUAAAUAGAUGCAA